AUGUUCAGCACUGAUACUUCGCUGCUGUGCAGCAGUCGUUCAGCUGUAGCACCCUUUCGGUGUCUAACUGUUAUACCAUUCGAAGGAAGCAUGAGGGCUGGGAUACUGCCAGGUUGCCCAAGCCUGGACAGAGCAGUGAUUCUGACAGAUUCGCAUCUGACAGAAGGGAGAACUGUCCAAUUAAUCUCAUCCAUAUUCACCCACCCUCAAGCUAUGGGCUCUUUGACCCUGCAGUAUUUCUCGUCGUGUGAUUUGGGUCCGCCACUCAAUGAUGAGUCGAUUCUACCGUGUAUUAAGAUUAUGAAUUUAUCUGGUUUCCAUCCCGAGAAGUUUAAGGUCGUGAAGGGAAGCUACCUGCCCCUGGCGUGUUAUGGAGAGCCGCGGAUUUCUUACUGCAUAACAAAGAUUGUUCCGCAUCUCGACUGUUGUAUCAUCAGUCCCUGGUGUGAGACUCGGCACUGUUCGAGCGAAAGAACACUCACCGAUGUGCGCCGUUUCGACGAAGUGAUCGAGUUGCCACUGCCUUAUAAUGCACUGUAUGACUAUAAUGGCGUGUGCUUUGUUCUGUCAUCCACGUACACCGAUGAAAAGGGUGUUCACGAACAGUUACUCGCGGGUGCUAAUAUGCAGCUGUACAAUUCAAAAAAGGUAUUUCGCCAUGGCAUAUAUGAACUGGAGCUUCAUCCACUAGAGCCUUUGGGGAUUCGUCGGUUGGAGGAUAUCGAGCGAAUUGUUAGAGAUCCAAAGUUUGAUUCCAAGCCCGUCGGGAUGGAUCAGUUGAACAAAAUCAUGAAAACCAAUAGGAAGCACAGCCGUGAUGAGUUGUUUGACACUCCCCUCGACCGCCACACAAGGUCUGAUGCGGAACGUGCAAUUGAAGAGGCUAAGCGAUCCAGUGGCAGGUUGUUCCUCAGCAUUGAGUUUCAGUUCUCACGAAACCAACCCAACCUCAACAUUCCUGUGAUAUUCGAGCGCCGGGAAAUCGAGCUUUUGGCGUCGGAUACUCGUGCUGAAAGGUGGAAUCCAGUUGACGAGAAAUAUUUCAAAAUGACCCGAAGUUUGCGCGUGGCCGACGUGGACCGGAAACGUAAACCAAACAAGGAAACAUUGGAUCGUUUGAUGGGCAUAUUGGACCAACCUCCAGCACGAGAUCUUCCAGAAGCGGACAGUGAUCUUGUUUGGCAGCAUCGUUUCUAUUUGGCUGAAAAAUAUCCAGAAGCUGCUCUGGCGAAAUUCCUUCUUGCAGUGCGUUGGGAAUAUCCUGAACAGGUAGAGCAGGCUGUAGAACUGUUGCACCAGUGGCCGGUCGUUGCGCCAGAGUAUGUGUUGGAGUUGUUCAACCGACAAUUCAUUCAUCUUGCAGUACGACGUUUUGCUGUGCUUCGAUUGCAUGCUGCUAGGGAUGAGGAAUUGUUGCUGUACCUCUAUCAGUUGGUUCAAGCCUUGUACUACGAAAAUUGGCACGACAUUCUAUCGACUCCGGUGAAGCCAAUGGAUUGUAUCGCUACUGCAAGUGGACUGAACCAGACGUUCCAAAACGCUGAUCUUGCCGAACGGUCCCCACAAGAAGACCAAGCUGAUCCAGGAGUAGAGAAUUUGCCACCAAAUGUGUCAUCGUCGAGGAAACCCCUGGAUACACGCAACGUGUCGGUCAGAUCACCUCACAGCCCAAGGUCGCAUAAUUCUCAAUCACUGAUUGUCGAAGUUGGUGGACGGUGGAUGGAGGCGCUUAAGGAUAAGUGGAAGGAAGACCUGACUACAUUUUUGAUACGCCGAGCCCUUUGCAGUUGGCCCGUGGCGAAUUAUUUAUAUUGGUUUCUGCGCGUGGAACUGGAUGAGCCACUGUCACCAGCAUCCGAAAUGUACACGCAUGUGUUAGAACUGCUACAAAGUGCCCUGUACCAUGGAAACGAAACACAACGAGCGUGGUACAAGGAGCUUGUGCGUCAGAGUCUAUUUUUAGCGGACCUGCUACAGUUUAUCCAUAAAGUCAUGGAUGGUCCUGGUGAUCGAAUUCGGAAGAUUGAAAGGCUACACAGUUGUUUCAAGGAAGCGGAGUUUGCCCAUCUUAAUCGUAUUGAAGAACCCUUGUGUUUACCGCUCGAACCGGAGGUCAAAGUUAUUGGAAUCGAUGCACCCGCAACUAAUUUGUUUAAGAGUGCCCGUCAACCGGUCUUCAUUCCCUUCCUACUCCCAAGUGGCGGACAGUACAAGGUGAUAUUCAAGCACGGUGAUGACUUGCGACGGGAUCAGCUUGUGUUGCAAAUGAUAGAACUGAUGGAUGUGAUCCUCAGGAAAGAAAACUUUGACCUCAAGUUAACACCUUACAAGGUUCUGGCAACGGGCUCUGGUCAUGGUUUUGUUCAAUUUAUUGAGUCGCAAUCAGUGUUUGACAUACUUCAGAAGGGCACGAUCCUCGGAUUCCUUCAACAAAAUGCCCGAAGCUCAACUGACCCGUUGGGUGUCCAAAAAGAGGUGCUUGAAACAUAUAUUCGUUCUUGUGCUGGCUAUUGCGUCAUUACCUAUCUGCUGGGAGUCGGUGACCGACACAUGGAGAAUCUUUUGUUGACCAACGAUGGACGUCUUUUUCACAUCGACUUUAGUUUCUUGUUUGGGAAUGAUCCGAAACCCAUGGCUACGGAAGUUCGCCUGACCCGAAGUAUGAUCGAAGCUAUGGGUGGUGCAAAUACCAGUCAGUUUGGAGAAUUUUGGAAAAUAACGUUUACGGCUUUUCUGGUCCUUCGAAGGCAUGCGAACCUUUUUCUCUCAUUGUUCUCCCUCAUCCAAAACGUCAGUGUCCUUCCCACACCGCGUGACUAUACCAAUGCCUGUGAAUUUUUGAAGGAGCGCUUCUGUAUCAAUCAAACCGAAGAACGCGCGGUACACCGUCUUGCCAGUCGCAUGACCGAGGCCAUAAAGUCUGUUGUUCCGGAUAUCAUGGAACGUAUUCGUGCAUUUGCGCAGUUCAUGCGACCGUGAAUACUUACUUCGUGCUAAACCUCCAUGUCUUUCACGUAUAAGUGUUUUGGAAACGUCAUUUUCUACAGCUGUGCUUCCAUUCGAACGGCUUCCUUCGACUGUGAACACAAUCUGCUCUUAUAUCUUCAAUUAUUUCCGUGUUAUAUUGUAACAAAUAUAUAAGCAAAAUUGC